AUGAGCAUUGGCCAGUUGGUCACAAGGUAUCUGUUUUUCUUCAUUAAGGUAUUUAUACUACGUUUCGAUCGCAAGCACGUUGAUUACGAGACAUCGCUAUUAAACGAGGUUGCUCCUGGACCCGUGGGUAUCAUAUCGUCCUUAUACGUGUUAUACGCAGUUAAUAUACCAACCUCGUAUUAUUUCAAAAUUUUACUUCAAAAACCAAAGGGCUUGGAAGAAAGAAGAGAAGAAGUUGGUGGUGGUGGUGGUGGUGGUGAAGAAGACGAAGGAGGAGAAAGCUUUAAAGCUCGAAGUAACAAAAACUCCAGUCGAGAAUUAACACUAAGCAAUCAAUUUCCAGUACAUACCUUGUUUAUUCUACUAUUGUUGAAUAAUGGGUUCAAGUCUUUAAUACCAGCCGUUGUUGGUUUAUUAAUAGGCAAACUAUAUGCAUAUGAUCUUCUUCCUGGUGGAACAUCAUGGUUCGUGCCCAAAUUCAUAUUUCAAUUAUUCAUCAACCCAAGAAGAAAACUUCUACAAAGUCUACAAUUGAUUCACCAAAGGAUAUUUAAUCCUCGUUACCAGCCUUUGACAAUCUCUGAAUCAACAGACCCUUCGGCAAUCAGGAUGAAUAGCGAGGAGCCUGAAGACAACGACGACUUGUUGGAUGAAACCAGGCGGCAGGAAAGUCAGAUCCGGGCAGAAACACCGGUUAGACCCUUAGGAAGUCAAUUUCUUGAUACUUUUAGAACCUAA